AUGUAUACCAACGCCAUUACUAUCCUCACCUUGCUCAGCGGUCUUGCUAUCGCCGCUCCGACUGCCAACAUCACACCCCGCCAAGGCAACGCGUGCUUCAUCAUCGGCAACGAAGUCCUCCCUGGCGAAACCGCCGAUGUAGUCAACCAAAUCCAAGCCGCUGUAACUUGCGAUCCCAACGCAAAGACACUCGAAAAUGUCCCCGACGUGACUUCUGGCAGUCAGACCUUCUCUAAAAUCGACUUCAGCACCUCUGGCCAGACACCUCUACAGUUUGCUACCAGCACUUUCACAACAGCGGUGCCGCUUGCCGACUCCAACCUUGAGGCUUUUCAGGACGCUCUUAAUGUCUAUCUAGCUACUGAAGCUGGCUUGCGCUCUUCGGGUGGUAACUUUGGGUUGAUCAAGGCGCCAAAGUUCUUCUUGGAGAUGCAAAUCAGUAGGAUAAACACGGCGAGGGGACAGCCGCCUACGGAUGCGGCACAGCAGGUCGAUCAUCUGAAGGACAAGGUUACGGAGAACGCUGUUCGAGAGGAUCAGGCGAUUCUGGACCAGGUCGCACAAUUGGCCACUCAGCUAUCGUAA